CAGUCCGGCGUUUAAAGCAAUGGCGGGGUUGCCUUUCGGGCGUUAAGGUUUUUCCUUCGCUUCCCUUUCCCCGAUAGUAGCUUGGAGUCCGAGCCUUGCCUCUGCGAUGGCCUGCAAGCUCCAGAAGUUGUUUUCUGUGGAGGCAGAAUUUGAAGAUGAGGAUUUCUUGAUGGCUGUGAGUGAUGUGGAGAAGCAGACUCUAGAUUCAACAUCUGCUAAUUUAAGAAGCCUGAGACCCCUUUCAGCUGGGUUGAGAGCUCCCGGCAAUGCCCUCAUGCCAGUUAAGGAUCCAGGCACCCGUAGCUUUUCAGAGACUAUGCCCCCUAUUUCACAGGUACAAAACUGUUCCAGACUUCAGUUUGGAGAAGCUAUCUGCACUACUGAGGCCAAAAGCAACCAUAUGCUUCCCCUGAUAAGCAGCUUCAAGGUUCAAAAGGACCCAGCAGGCUUGCUAGCCAAGUGCGAAUCAGGUAGCACUUCAGGCAAGAGAUUUAAAUUUGUGAACAGGCCUCCAGCUGUAUUUCCCUCUGGGGCUGCCCCCAGUGAUGAGCUUGACAAUGAACUUGUAUUGGCUGCAUGCAUGGAUUUAGAAGAGUCUGGUAUGUAUCCAGAGUCUUUCAGAUCUGACUGUGGUUCCCAGAAACAGAUGAGAGACAAUGAUGUAGAAACAGCUAAGAAACGACAAGUCACAAACUCAUUGAUACCAGUGAAUCCUGUUGGAUUGGAUACUUCACAAAUGAAAAAAACUCGAAAAGAAGCUGUUGAUGAGGUUAUCAGCCAUCUCCAGCCAAUGGGAGUUUCUUCAGAGUCAACUUUGAGGCCUACCUCUAUGGAUUCUGGCUUUUCCCAGUCUAACUUAGGAAUGAGCAACAGUAUUGGUUCCCUUUCAAAUUCCAGUAUUCAGAUGAUAAAGUCUGUUCAAGCAUCUUUGGAUAAAUCCAUUGCUGAGUGCAGCAGUCCUUGCUUGCCUCUGAUUAGACCCUGCUCUCCCUUCAUUUCAACAAGUACCCCUUCAAGGCUGCCCAAAUCAUGGAUAUUUAGCCCUGGCUGCUCUGACUCUAGAAUGGCCAGUAAUGGUGGUCAACUCCAUAUGACAUAUGGUCCUUCAGUGGCAACUGUGGGAACCCCCCCUGUCAUCCCUAAAGCCCCAUGUUCAGUUGCAGGUGCUGGAAAGCCUCAGACUCCUGUUGUCACCAACCACCUUGUCCGUUUGGUCACAGCAGCCAGCAAGACACCCCAGCCAAUGGCUCAUGUUUCACUGCGAACUAAGACUCGUCGCUUCCCAGGACCUGCGGGCAUUCUGCCUCAACAACCUAAUGGGAAAAACCUGGAUGAGAUUCUCAUUGCUACUCCCCAGAUGCCAGCUCAUGGGGCUGUGGCAAAACUACGGACUGAGGAAAUGCCUAUUUCCCAACAAACAAUAGAAGAAGAAUUUGAAAGAGGCCCAUGGGUUGCCAUGAAAAAUGAAUUAGACUUGGAUGAAGGAGAUCCAUCCUGUUUUCUUCGGUUGUACAGUAUUUCUAUGGUGCUUCGUAAGGCAGCUCUGAAGCAACUCCCAAAGAACAAGGUUCCAAACAUGGCAGUGAUGGUUAAAUCACUGAUGAGGACAAAUGUUGAUGCAGGUGCUGAGUUCAAAGAUCCUACUGGUGAAAUGCAGGGCACAAUACAUCGUCUGUUGCUGGAAGAAAAAGAAAGUGAAUUUAAGACUGGUUCAGUGCUUCUGCUAAAGCAGGUGAGUGUGUUCUCUCCAUCUCAUCGCAAUCACUAUCUCAAUGUGACACCCAGUAACUUGGUGAAAAUAUAUUCACCUGGUUUCAACAGUGGAAAUCGGCAUCAACUAUACCAAGAGAUUCGGGAAACAAGGGAGACUGUGACACCACAGCAGGAUCCUCCCACAAGUGCUGUGGUUGUGAUGGCUGCUACAGAUUACAGGAAUGUGGAAGGAUGUGAGAGGAAUAAAAACAGAUGUCAUCGUGUAUCAGCAUCAAAUAAAAGUCCAUCGUUGUUACAAGAAUCAGGAAGUUGUGGAGCAGGCAAAUCAGCUGAGACAGCUGACUUGGAUGAUCUGGACCAGCUUCUUGGUGAACUUCCUGAUGACUUUUUCUCUAGCUUGGAAGAGCAGAGCACCUUAUGACAGCUCACUGAUGCUAAAAGACCUUGCUGGGGAGGAGCAAGGACAUAGUCCUGUGCCCAUGAGCCCUUUUGUACCAUGAGAUUGACUUCCUUGCUGGGGCACUUUCUAGUGGAGGAAAAAAAAAAACCUUCAUAAACCAGAUAUUAACCUGCCAUUCAUGGGAUUGGAUGGAAAACAGAUUCAGUAGCAAGAUGGUUGGUUGUUAAGCUAAUAUGCCUCCUGCUUGUGGAAUAAUCGUUCCUUGUUGAAAGACUUGGCUGGUUUUUGUCAGAGAUGCUGUACUGAGGGCCUCCACCAGACCUUAUUUCAGCCUUGGCUCUUCUUAAAAUAGAUUUUGCCAGGCUAUUGGAAUGAGCCAUAAUGACUUUUUAAACUAUUAAGCGACUGUUACUCCAUUUGGUUUGAAAUUGUCUUUGGUAUGAAUUGAAGUUCUACUUUGGUGCCUUGUUAUAAACCAUUUGAGGUACAACAAACUGUCUUCUAACUGGUCUUCCAAAGCAAUAAAAAACACGUUAACUGAU